CAGCACGCAAGGACAUGGCCGUUGUGACAAGCGUUUGCUCUGCAAGGUACCGGCUUGGUGAAACGCGGCAGAAUGACCUGACUUGGCAUGUCCUUCAGGAGUGAAUGCUUCCUUCAUCAUGCCCUUCAAGUCAAAAAGCCACAUCUAGUUACGAAUAGACGGCUGCCCCUGGAAAGACUAUACACAUGUUCAGGCGCCCCCGACAAACACGGCCACCAAGGCGUGGAUGUAGGUCUGACAUGGGUCUUCCGCCGCACUGCCAAAGAGGCCAACCAAGCUUGGCAUGCUUCGAUGUACCCUCCCAAGAGCCACCUCGAAGUAUGAAUAUGCUUCGCGCAAUGCUUGGAUGAACUUCGAGGUAUGAUUGUACUUUCGCCCAAUGGAUCAACGGACUUCGGAGAAAGGACGCG